AUGGCUUCUUCUUCUUCUUCUUCAUCGAGACGCUCGUGCUCAUUCCUCCUUCUCCUCCUCUCAUUCUUCAAUUUCAUCCUUUUUAUCCUCUCAGCGGCUUCCAUAGCGCCUACGAUCGCCCUUCGAAUGCCGCCGACCUCCCUCGGGUGGGCGUUCCUGAUGAUCUCCUCCAUGUCGCUGCUGUCGUCGUUAGUCGGAUUCUACUCGCACCUCACGCAUUUCUGCUUCAUCACGCACGCGUCGCUCCUCCUGGCGUCGUCGGCGGGGCAGCUGCUGGGGAUGCUAGCCCUGUUCACCAAGGAGAAGUCGAGCCUCGAGAUGCUGAGAUCGCCCAGGGAUCCGAGGGAGGCCAAGCUGCUGGUGAGGCUGGAGUGCGGGAUUCUCAUGGCGAUGAUUGUGAUGCAAUUGGGGAUUCUGUUGCUCAGCUGCGUCGUGCACAGCUGCAGUGUGAACGCGAAGGGGAAGAUCGCGGAGGAGACGGUGGCAACGGCGACGGCGAGUGAGAUGAAAAUUAGGGAUUUUGAUGAGAAGAUGAUAAAUAAGUAUGGCAAAUGGAAGGAGUCUGAUGCCUGA